UGAAGUCAGUAAUUGUAUCACAUCACUGACGCGCAAACAUGACAUCCCUGACGCUUGUGUUGCUGUUGACCAUUACCUGUGUCUUCGUAAAUAACUCUUAUGGCUGGUCAGCGACGAGGCAGUAUGUAGAGCUUGAGACAGACACCCAGUAUAACUACCAGUCAUUGCAGGAGGUGGAUGUGAAGAUAAGAUCACAAGCCACAUCCUUCAAGUUCAAAAUCCAGGCUUCAAAUGACGCCCACGUGGCUUUGCUCACCUAUGAUGGCGAAACGGGACAGAACAUGUACGAAAUCGUCCUCGGUGGAUUUAGCAAUACGCGAUCUAUAAUCAGAAACAGCAGACAGGGAAUCAACAGGGUCGAAGCAUUUCAUUCUCCUCUCAGUUCCACGGAAUUCCGCGACUUCUGGAUCAGUUGGGAAGGAGGUGUGAUAUCAGUGGGCACAGGAACGACUGUUGGCGCAGGACAGUUCAUGACCUGGACGGACCCAGCUCCCUAUGAUGUCAACUAUCUCGCCGUCACAACGGGGUUCGGGUCUUCUGGGUCCUGGCAGUUUGAUUCUGAUGGAGGCAUGUCCAGUGGGGCACCUGUAGCAGGUGUUGCAACAGACAAUGUCUACCAGUACCAGUCUGUUACCACCCGUGGCGUCCGCUUGACACGAAGACGAAACUGUAUUCCGGCCCUCGUGUUCUGGGUACGGGCCUCUCACGACGCCCACAUUGCCUUGGUCGCCAACGACGGCGACACUGAUAAUAACAUGUACGAGAUCGUCAUUGGAGGAUUUGGCAACACAAAGUCUGUCAUCCGAGAAAGUAUGCAGGGCACAAACGAGGCAUUUGCUCUUCACAAGCCUCUCUCUCCGGAUCAGCAUUUACCAUUCUGGAUAAGCUUUAACAAUGGUCGAGUAGCAGUGGGAUAUGGCGUCACUGUGGGAAGACGGGAGUUCAUGUCGUGGACGGACGCAACACCCAACAACAUCGGAUACAUCAGCAUCACCACGGGAUUUGGCUCUGAUGGACACUGGCUCUUCUAUGCAAGAGACAGAUAAUUGGAUGAAGUGGCGCCUUUACAAUAAACAUUUGGGCAUACUGCAAUAAUUUCGACUGUUACUCUGAUUUAUAUGCUUCUUUUUUUCCAUAUACACAAAAGAAUAAAACUGUACAUUAAAUGAAAUAAACCAAUCCGCAACUGCA